UUUCAUUGUACAGUCAUGCAGAACUUAUGGUAUAUAUAUAGUUUCCAAAGACAGAAAACUGCAGAUUAUCCUUCAAUCAUCAUCGAGACAAGAUGAAUUAUUCAGUUUGUCUUCUUUUGGCUCUCUUUGGGGGUACAGUGGCCUACCCAGUUGGCCAAGGCAACGUUUUGGAAGAACUAAAGGAUGUAAUACAAAACGCAAAAAUGGAAGCAUUGGAGAAAUUUCUGGAAAAUGGAGAAGGAAUUUACCCUAUUGAGGUAGACGUAGACAACGGAGAGGGAAACAGUAAAAACAAAGUUAUCCCGGUGACCAACGAACACCCAACUCCUAGAAAAGAUGGAGAAAAAGACGAAACGGGUGAAUAUUCAGACCCCAGCAAAACUAAUAGAUUCCGCUCGUCCGAUAGCCUUAAAGAAGAGAAGCGAUUCAUGAAAGGGGCUGGCUUUGGAUCUAAUAUAUGGUUCAAGAGGACGGUUGGCCAAGGCAAAGUUUUGGAAGAACUAAGGGAUAUAAUACAAAACGCAAAAAUGGAAGCAUUGGAGAAAUUUCUGGAAAAUGGAGGAGGAAUUUACCCUAUUGAGGUAGACAACGGAGAGGGAAACAGUAAAAACAAAGUUAUCCCGAUGACCAACGAACACCCAACUCCUAGAAAAGAUGGAGAAAAAGACGAAACGGGUGAAUAUUCAGACCCCAGCAAAACUAAUAGAUUCCGCUCGUCCGAUAGCCUUAAAGAAGAGAAGCGAUUCAUGAAAGGGGCUGGCUUUGGAUCUAAUGUAUGGUGGUUAUGAUUUGCUGCUAGAAUAAGGAAUGGAGCAGUUACCAAGAAAUUCUGUUUUCCUGAAUUCGACUUUAAGUCACUUCGAACUCAAGUAGUUGCAUAUGAACUAAAGUUUCAGACAAAAAUUAGCCAAAUUUGUAAAUGCAAUUUGUGAUAUAUUGCUCCGUAUUUGAUUUGCCUUUUACGUUAUUGAAUAAAUGAAUAUGCAUACCAA